AAAUAACUAACCAGCAGUUCGAUCAGCCCGAAAGCAGGAAAAGCCUAUAUUAUUUAAGCAUUAUUAUAUAAAUACACAAUUCCUCGUCUUAAAUUACAUAUUCAUAUUCAAUCAUAUAAGACAUGAGGAUUUCAUUUCCUGAUCAUUUUGCACAACACAGAGUAUCGAUUUUAUAUGUGAAAAUGUAUAAUAUAUCUUAAUCAAGAGAGCAACACAAACAGAUAAGAUGAAUGAUAUUACGAGUUUAACAAUAAAAAAUGAUACAAAUGAUAAUGAUGUUGUAAGUAAUAAUGUGUCGACAAAACGAAACAGUACUUGUAUCCGAUUGGAUCAGCCACCGGCUAAACGGCUAUCAGUAACGGAUUAUACCAGAUAUUCACCGGAUGUACCGACUACUAGACACUGUAACACCGAUUCUGGAGUUGAAAUAACUCGUAGAGGAUUAUUACUGCAAAAGCAACAACAACAACAGUUUGAUGAAGAAUCUUCAUUCUCAGCAACACUGCCACAGCAUAUAUCUAUCACUGAUAUCAAUGGUGAUUUAUACUCAGAUGAUGAUAACCACUUGGAAGUAUAUCAUAAUAUUAUUAAACCAGACACAAAGUUAUUGGAUGAUGAAAAAGAGUCACAACUUCCAUCAAUCCACCUUCAGUUACCUGAUCCUGAAUCUGAUGACUUUACUACUGAAGUCGAUGGAAGUGGUGGGAAAUUAACAUUAUGGCAAUUUUUGUUAGAACUAUUAUUAUCAAAUAAAUAUGAGCAUAUUAUUCGAUGGACAAACAAACGUGGUGAAUUUAUUCUUGUACAAGCUGAAAUUGUUGCAAAAUUAUGGGGUAUGCGUAAAGAUAAAAAUCAUCGUAUGAAUUAUGAUAAGCUAAGUCGUGCGUUGAGGUAUUAUUAUCAAAAAAAUAUUAUACGUAAAGUGCACGGACGUAAAUUUGUUUAUCAGUUUAUAGGACUGAAGCAUCUAAUCAAGUUUUGUUGCACACCUUCAAAUCCAACUCCAGUGACAACAUUGACAGAAGCACCAGUAACAUUGACAUCAGUCUCAUCUACUGAGAAGUUUCAGCAGACAUUGAAAACACUGAACAAACUGGAGGUCGAUUCAAAAGUUGACGAAACCAACUUUUCAUUAACACAUCCAAUCUAUCAUUCUAGUAAAUUAGAUGAAUUAAACAGUCAGCAUCAUCAAAGACAACAGAAACACAAGGAAUGGUAUCAACUACCGUUUCAUAAUGAUACUUUUUAUGAAGAUCAGUCAGAUUGUAAACUUGAUAUUAAUAAUGACACACCAAAAAUUCAUAUGAACAUGGUAACCUCUAAUACGACCACAUGUUCAGUGACACCAACACAAAGUGAACAAGCGCCAAAUUUGAAUUCUGUAAAUCACAGCUGUGUAAAUUCACCGGCUAAUUUAGACAUGACAGCGAUGUCAGCAUUCAUAAACUCAUAUAUGAAUAAAGUUAACUUUGAAACUACUAAUGCCGCGACUGUUAAUAACAGUAAUUUAUUCUUAGAUUAUAUAAACUGUGCGAAACCCAUGAUUUCUGAAAAAAAUCGAAAUAAAAUUUCACAUGAACUUAAUGAGUUAACAGAAUUUAUUUCAUCUUGGGCAUCUAUGAUGUCACAAAGUAAUUAUUUCAAUAAUUUUCAAUUGACAGGGAAUCUGAGAGAUUUAUACAAUUUAUCAAAUCAAUCCACUGAACAAUUUCCUUCUGAACAUCAGAACCAAACAAAUUUAGUUGAAUCAAUUUGUACAGUUGGAGGAAAUGCCUCAAUACUGUAUAAAGACAAAAAUACUAGAAAUGCUAACGAAUAUCUGUACAAUAAUAAUAACAAUAAUAAUUACAGAAGUGUUGAUAACCAACCAAUGAAUUUGCGCACUGAUCAUCACUCAGAUUUUAUGAGUAGGUGUGAAUCAGAUUUAUGGAAAACAGAAGAUGCUAAACAGUUUGAGAAAGAUACUUCUGUGAAUAUUUCUCCUAGUUUAAUGAAGACAACAGCCUUUGAAAAGAUACCAUUUCAACAGUAUUCUAAUCUUAUAGAACGUUCUCGUUCACCUGAUUGUCAGUGUAGUUGUCAUUUUCAAUCAACACAUGAAUCUAAUCCUCCUACUAUGAUACAAAAUUUGAAUCAAAUUGAUUCAAUGGAAAUAUUACAAGAUUUUUCAAAUAAACAAACAAAUUUAAAUGAAUUACCAACUAAAUUACAUAAUGAACGUCAUACAAUCAAUAUGAAACGUUUAAGUGAACAAUUGACACGUCUAAGUCGUUUUAAUACAAUGACAAAUUAUUCAGAUAACAAUAUUAAUAAUUUAGUGUUUACGAAUAAACAUUCAUCAAUAAACAGUUUGAUGAACUCAGAUCUUAUAAAAGGUGAUCAUGUUGUUAGCUGUGAUAGUGACAAUUGUAGUGAAUACUAUUCCGUUAGUGAGCGUAAGCUACACACGAAACGUGUAACGUUAAGUGAACCAAGCAUCGCGCCAACAUUAAAUCCUUUAAUAGUGAAUAGUAGUAAAAGUAGUACAGCAAGUCCACCAUUAAUGUCACCGUCAUCUAUUCAAGAUAAUAAGUGUGUAUGGAUGCCUGUACCGGUAACUAUGCUUAAUUCUUGGUUCAAUUUACUAUCGAAUAUAAAAUGUUCCGGUAAUAAUAAUAAUAAUAAUAAUAAUAAUAAUAAUAAUAAUAAUAAUAAUAUAAUAAUAUAGUGAUACAAUGAACCAAUCUACUUUCAUGACACCUCCAUCGACAUUAUCAUCUUCGUCCUCAGCAUGCAAUAAUUAAAACAUGUUCGAUGUUCAAUAGGUAAAAUAUUCCCAUCCGACGUUAAUGAACUGUAGAUUCUCAUUCUGAUAAUAUUUUGUUGAUAAAUUUAAACACAUUUAUAAGUCAACAGUAAUAAAUUUACCAAUCACAAAUGGCGUAUGUGUGUGUGGCAACAUUCCAAAGUUUUCUGAGUGUAUUUAUGUUAUAGUCAACUGUAUAUUAAUUAAAAAAAUAUUUUUGUUAAACUUCAUUAAGAGUUUUACAACAUACAAAACUCUUCGUCUCUGAAGACACUAUUAACAACAACUGCAUUUAAAAAAAGUAAUUAAUUUCUUUAUUUUUUUCAGAAGUGAUGAUAUUACUUAAACUACUUAUAAAUUUCCAACAAUUUACUGUAUCGAAUCUAACUUUUUUGUUUAUUUGAAGUAAAAUAAAACAUCUAAAUUCUA